UGCUCGCAACGUCUCUCUCUCUCAUUCUAAGAAGUUGAAACGAUUGUAUCUUUCAAUUUUCUCUGCCAUUGAAACCUAAGGUUUAGUUCGCCUUUGAAAUGAAGUUGAAGAUCAACAAAGCCUGCGAUCUCAACUCUAUUUCGGUCCUUCCUCAUCAAUCAAGGAGAAUGAGUGUUAUACCAACUGGACUACAAACAUCACAGCUUAGAUCUCAACCAUCACAGCAAUCGUUUUCACAGGGGAUUUCAUCGCAGCAUGGCAUGUUUUCUCAGCUCUCUCAGACCUCUUUUGAUGAAGCUGUGACAAAUGACCAGAGAUUUAAUUCACAAGAGCGAGAGAACUCUGUCAAAAAGACAGCUUGCUUGCCCUUAGUUAGCUAUGCGCGUGAAGAGAGUCAAGUGCCAAUCUCAAGAUCCACUACCAAUCUAAUGCGCAAAUGGAAUCCCGUAUCUGUUCCAGAUAGUAAAUGUCAGAUAAAUGAAGAGCUUGAGCACCGGAUUGGAAUGCUGGAAACUUCAUUAAAUAAGUUCGGAAAGAUCUUGGGUGCUGUGCAGAGUGAUGUCAUGCAAGUAAAUAAGGGAAUGAAAGAAGUAUCACUGGAGAUGGAAGGCAUACGGCAGAAGUUGAUUGUCCUUGACGCCUCACUGCAGCUAAUGAUCAAGGGACAAGAAGAUACUAAAUUUAGCCUCGAUGGGAACUUGAAAUCUAUAUCUGAUCAACUGUGCAAGGAUAUAUAUCAAGAAAAACUACAGGAGAUUUUCUCGGUGCUCUCUGCCCUGCCAAAGCAAAUGGAAGCUUUGCUGCUGAAAUCACAAAAUGCCCUCUGCAUGACCUUCAACAAAGUGACGCAGGCAACGACUUGCAACUUGAAAACUCCCAACCAAAAUAGCCCGUCGAUUACUGUGCUUUUACCAAAGGUUACUGGACGUUAUACCACUCCACAAAGAAAGCUGAAGCCCCUUAGCAAUCCAGCCAUGCCUUCAAAGCUCUGUAGGCAAACAACGGUGCGUCCAAAGAUAGAAAUGGGAGAAUGGAACACUGUGAGGCCGGAACAAGAUACAAUCAGGCAAAGGGCAUCCCACAAGGAACAAACGUCCAAACGAGUUUCUUCUUUUCAAAAGUCCACUGUGCAGGAAAAACAAUGUAGUUUUAUCAUCGAAUCAGAUGAGGAUAUUGAUGGAGGUUUUUCAUGCUUUAUGGAUGAGAAUAAAACAGGCAUUGGGAACUACCUGAUUGAUGAAGCAACAGAAGAGUCUGAGCUUAUUCUGAGAAAAGCAAGGAGGAGAAAGAGAAAGCACUGUAACCCAAUAGUUAUUAAUUGAAGUUGUGCAGAUGGAGAUUUCUCUCUUAUCAUAAAGCAUCAAAGGGUUUGAAGGAAUUUCUGCCAAUACUCCUAAUUCAGUGUUAUGAGCUUUCAUUAGUUUAAUCAUUUUUCCCCACAACCACGCUCUCUCAGAUCUUAAGCAUUAGGCACCAAAAUAUCUGUGAUACAUUUGCAAUUAUCAGAGGCAUAACCAUGUGAGCAGGAAGAAAGGUGAUUUUCUUUAUCAUGUCCUUGAUAGUCCUUUUUCAUUUAAAUUUCUUUCCUUGAGUGACACUGUUUCACAAGCUAAAAUUCAUUCACACCCGUUCGGAUUAAGAAAGUUUUUAAAAUUUUAAUUUGUCUUUUUAUUAAUUUCAGGAUUAAAUUUUAUUUUUUCAACUUUAAUAAUUUUCUUCUAAAAAUUAAAAAUUAUUAUAUUAAGGAAAUCCUUUUAUUUAUCCUAAACAGCUAUUUAAUAAAGGAGGGAAAAUGACAACUUAAAAGGUGUUGGAGAAUAAUCACCAAUGCUUAAUUCGAAUCACUAUCAAUAAACACUAAAUAGUGCAUAUUGUGCGCCUAAAACGAAAACAUAAAUGUCAAUUAGCAGUACAUGAAUAAUUGCACGCAUGCUUAAAAGACAUUAAAAGUGGGGACGACUAGACAAGAUAGGCUUUAUCAUUGGCACUUGCACGCAUACAGUUGGGUCUGUCUCUAAGGAAAGGAGCCUAUCUUGUCAGUUGAAAAUUUUCUCUUUGGGCCCAUCAUCAUGUGGCAAUUCAAAGCCCAAUUACGCCUUUCGUUGGGAACAAUACCGGGAACAGCUUAAAUCAUGCGGUGGCCUGCGCGAUAACAAUCCCGAGGCUCUCCUGCUCGUAAAUCACCGUUUUAAUAAUCAGCCGGAAGCCCUCUAUUCUUUUUAAUUGGUGCAAUAUAUACUCCUAUAGGCGACGGUAUACAUUUUUAUUUUAUUUUAUUUUAUUUCUGCAGAAGUUAAAAUUUAGGAUAUUGUAGUGGACAGGAUCUCAAGCUAUAGUGAGUGAGAUUCAUA